UGUGAUCGGCCACGGGACAGAGGAGCCAGCAGCCUGCCCGUGACAGGCAUCAGGUUAGCUCGCUCCCACUCGGGUGGCGCGCCCAGGAUAUAAAUCCAGGCUCGGCCCGGCUGCGGCCCCUCUCCCUGCACACUCAGGAGAGGGAGUUUCCUUGCGAAGACCUUUCCUUUAUCUGGAGCCGCACAGCCCAGCGGGCUCCGCUGACUUGGUGCAGGCAGCCGCGGCAGCCUUAGCAGCAACAAGGCAGCCUGCUGGGUGGGGAGGGCAGGUGCCCACAGCCCCCGGGAAGGAGGAGGCCCUGGUGGGCCCCAGUUCCCGGUGUCCUCCCGGAGGAGGUCUCUGGCCACGGAGGACUGCAUCAUGUGGGCCCUGCCAUGCCACCGGUUCUGGUCCUGCUGGGGGCAGGUGGCAGCUCUGCUGCUGCUCCUCGGGGUGCCCCCACGAGGCCAGGCGCUGCCACCCAUCCGCUAUUCUCACGCGGGCAUCUGCCCCAACGACAUGAACCCUAACCUCUGGGUGGAUGCCCAGAGCACCUGCAAGAGGGAGUGUGAGGCAGACCAGGAGUGUGAGACCUAUGAGAAGUGCUGCCCCAAUGAUCCUCACAUAAUAGGGCUGUGA